CGUCAUUCAGUCUGGGUUGAUACUGUCGGUCAGAAAGGACAGGGUUCAGAUUUAUUUUGAUUGACCUUGGUGCGCUACCCCCAAACAUAAUACCGAUCAACGGACAGGAUGGCAACCACAGGUUUACCGUUACCUCCACUUCCAACGUUGCCAAUGUCAACCCCAGUAGUAAUCGAAAGUCAUGGAUUCCAGAUAUCUAAAGGUAAAGCAAUUAAUUUUAUCGUUCUCUAAGUUAACGGCUGGCCAUGUGAACGUUAUGAAUACCCCCUGUGAAUAGUCUGUCUAUAAAUAAUUAACAGUUGAUCUAUUCAAAACACUCGCCAUAUUUAGUCACAGUUCCAGCCCCUGUAAGCACAAGUUAUUAUGUAGCCUAAAUAUAAGGACAUUUACCUUGUUUACUACAAUCAUUAGCCCACUGCACCUAAUGACACUUGAAAGCAACCUUUUGAGAGAAGCCAUAAAUAAACUUGACGUCAGUUGCGUAGCAAGUUGUUUUUAACCAGGUUAGGACAACCUUACCACCAGUCAGCCCAGUGCACCUCGCAACUUUGUGUCAGGUGGCUUGUGUGUGGCCAUUACUUCAGCAGCUAAGCCGCGGUAGCCUGUGCGCGACAUUACUUGCUCUCCAAAUCCUUGACAAGCUCGAUUGUUUUCAUAGGCCUACUUAUCGUCAAUCCAGAUUGAUGUAAGUAAAUUUGGCUCUAUGCUAUCUGCCACUCUGUUGACCAUAGUACAGUUGUAGAUUCCAACCAGUAAAGCGAUUUUCUCUGUUUACGUUCGUGCGCAGAGCUCCAGAACGCAUGUUGCCCCAGCAGUGCCCCGAUCUCAGAUUUCAUAGCGGGUUAUGUGGGGCCAAGGGCCAGGCAAUAAAUUGGGGCUGUUGUGGCAGUCUGUCGACCUAAAGAAGUGUUGUUAGUCCCGUGUAGCUCAGUUGGUAGAGCAUGGCGCUUGCAACGCCAGGGUUGUGGGUUCGAUUCCCACGGGGGACCAGUAUGAAAGAAAAAUUUAUGCCCUCACUAACCCAUGUGGCGGCGUACAAUUGGCCCAGCGUCGUCCAGGGUAGGGGAGGGAAUGGCCGGCAGGGAUGUAGCUCAGUUGGUAGAGCAUGGCGUUUGCAACGCCAGGGUUGUGGGUUCGAUUCCCACGGGGGGCCAGUAUGAAAAAUAAAAAUAAUGUAUGCACUCACUAACUGUAAGUCGCUCUGGAUAAGAGCGUCUGCUAAAUGACUAAAAUGUAACUGUAAGUCGCUCUGGAUAAGAGCGUCUGCUAAAUGACUAAAAUGUAAAUGUUGUUAUGUUUAAAAAAAUGUCUAAGAUUUCCAUUCCAAUCGCCAUGGCAAUGUAGGCUUACCAUAGUAGGUUAACCAUUUCACAUCUUAAAAUAAGAAGAGGCGUUUAGUCUGGCCACAUUUAUGGUGUUUUAUACAGUAAUAGCCUACGUGCGCAUAUCUUCAUGGAUUAAGAACAGCACAGAGAAUAGGCCAUUUACACAGGACCUGUCCUAUAGGUAUAUUAUGCUUCCAUAAUAGCAUUUCAGAAAGUGGAACUUGACUAAUAGUGUUGUUUAUAUACCUUUAUUACAAUGUUACAGAGGAAGGCCUGGUCUUCUGUCAGGUGAAAAUCCAAACUGUAUACCUUAAAACGCUGAGUCUCAAAUAGCCGCCUGUCCCUUUUAAUAGCUGGACAAGGGCACACAUUGAUUUCAGCAAAUAAACAUCCGUUUCAAAUAAACGUGGUCUAAAUUAAUUAUUUACGAGGUUACCAUGAAUUAUCAUGAAUUGGGGAAUGUUUGAUUUGUUAUGUUAAAUUCAAUCAUCCUUUUUUAUCACCAGUAAGGCUAGUAAGAAGCUGCUAGCCAUUGGCUGCUAACAAAGGGGCCAGGGUUCAGGUCUAGAAGCAUGGUUUCCACUGCUCAAAAUGUUUUCCCCCAUCACUCACAGCCUAAGAUAUUACUAUUUACACUGAACAAAAAUAUAAAGUGUUGGUGCCAUGUUUCAUGAGCUGAAAAAAAAGUACCUACAAUUUUUCAUUCGCACAAAAAGCUUAUUACUCUCAUGUUGUGCUCAAAUUAGUUUACAUCCCUGUUAGUGAGCAUUUUCCCUUUGCCAAGAUAAUUCAUCCACCUGGCAGGUGUGGCAUAUCAAGAAGCUGAUUAAACAGCAUGAUCAUUACACAGGUGCACCUUGUGCGGGGACAAUAAAAGGCCACUAUAAGUUGUACACACAACACAAUGCCACAGAUGUCUCAAGUUUUAAGGGAGAGUGCAAUUGGCAUGCUGACUGCAGGAAUGUCCACCAGAGCUGUUGCCAGAGAAUUGAAUGUUAAUUUCUCUACCAUAAGCCUCCUCCAACGUCGUUUUAGAGAAUUUGCCAGUAUGUCCAACCGGCCUCACUACCGCAUACCACGUGUGGGCGAUUGGUUUGCUGAUGUCAACGUUGUCAACAGAGUGCCCCAUGGUGGUGGUGGUGGUGGUGGGGUUAUGGUAUGGGCAGGCACAAGCUACAGACAACGAACACAAUUGCAUUUAAUCUAUGGCAAUUUGAAUGCACAGAGAUACCGAGACAAGAUCCUGAGGCCCAUUGUCGUGCCAUUCAUCUGUCGUGUUGGCCCACCUCAUGUUUCAGCAUGAUAAUUACCUUGAAAAGAACAGGCGAAGAUCUUGGACACAGUCUCCAGUUCUUAUUGUACCUCAGUGCUGGUAACAGCUGAGAACUGCCAGCUAACUGGCAGGCACAAAAACAGUCAACAACUUCGGGAGUACAGAAGAAAAAAAAUGAAUGACAGCUCUGAUGGAAACAGGACGUUUCGGUACAAUUUUAGAAAUGCUGACAGAUAAUUUGUUCGUUUGACAUGGUGGGAUCUUUUUGUGUCAGUAAAAUGAAUUAUGCAAGAAAUGGCGGUGGAAACACCUUUAUGCGCAAAUAUUGAUAUAAUAACCAGUAUAUUGAAGUAAGCUUGGAGCCAAGCGAUGAUAUGGUGUGUGGUCCUCCCACUACGACUCGGGAAAGUAUGCAGUUUAAAUUAGGCUUCACAGGGUGAUGAAUGGUGCACUGUUAUCUUGAUGCACCUUUCCAAUAAAUAUCGAGGGUCUUAUUCUGGUGACAUGAUGAUCAAUGCUUGACUGCCGUUUUCACAAAUAUCCAUAAUCUCAUCAUGUAGACUAGCCUACCCACACUGUAUCUGCCAGCUGUUGGCUAGAGCGCACGUGCCAAGACCAGAGAUGGCACAUUUGCUAUCAGUGGAGUUAGAAAUGGGAUGGAAACACACUGAACUUUUGAUUUUUAUUCGCUCAGGUGUACCCUGUUUCCAUUGGUCAUCCUUGAGAUGUUUCUACAACUUGAUUGGAGUCUACCUGUGGUAAAUUCAAUUGAUUGGACAUGAUUUGGAAAGGCACACCUGUCAGUAUAAGGUCCCACAGUAGACAGUGGAAUUGUCCGUAGAGCUCCCGAGACAGGAUUGAGUCGAGGCACAGAUCUGGGGAAGGGUACCAAAACAUUUCUCCAGCAUUGAAGGUCCCCAAGAACACAGUACCCUCCAUCAUUCUUAAAUGGUAGAAGUUUGGAACCACCACGACUCUUCCUAGAGCUGGCCGCCUGGCCAAACUGAGCAAUCGGGGAAGAAGGGCCUUGGUCAGGGUGGUGACCAAGAACCUGAUGGUCACUCUGACAGAGCUCUAGAGUUCCUCUGUGGAGAUGGGAGAACCUUCCAGAAGGACAACUAUCUCUGCAGCACUACACCAAUCAGGCCUUUAUGGUAGAGUGACCAGAAGGAAGCCACUCCUCAGUAAAAGGCACAUGACAGGCCGCUUGGAGUUUGCCAAAAGACACCUAAAAGCUCUCAGACCAUGAGAAACAAGAUUCUCUGGUCUGAUGAAACCAAGAUUGAACUCUUUGGCCUGAAUGCCAAGCGUCACUUCUGGAGGAAACCAGGCACCAUCCCUACGGUGAAGCAUGGUGGUGGCAGCAUCAUGCUGUGGGGAUGUUUUUCAGCGGCAGGAUGUUUGAACGGAGCAAAGUACAGAGAGAUCCUUGAUCGCUCAGGACCUCAGACUGGGGCGAAGGUUCACCUUCCAACAGGAUAACGACCCUAAGCACACAGCCAAGACAACGCAGGAGUGGCUUCGGGACAAGUCUCUGAAUGUCCUUGAGUGGCCCAGCCAGAGCCUGGACUUGAACCCGAACGAACGUCUCUGGAGAAACCUGAAAAUAGCUGUGCAGCAACGCUCCCCAUCCAACCUGACAGAGCUUGAGAGGAUCUGCAGAGAAGAAUGGGAGAAACUCCCCAAAUACAGGUGUGCCAAACUUGUAGCGUCAUACCCAAGAAGGCUUGAGGCUGUAAUCGCUGCCAAAGGUGCUUCAACAAUGUACUGAGUAAAGCGUCUGAAUACUUAUGUAAAUUCCUUCGACAAUAUGGCUUGGUUUUUGCUGUGACAUGUACUGUCAUCUGUGGGACCUUUAAUAGACAGGUGUGUGCCUUUCCAAAUCAUGUCCAAUCAAUUGCAUUUACCACAGGUGGACUCCAAUCAAGUUGUAUAAACAUCUCAAGGAUAUUCAAUGGAAACAGGAUUCACCAAAUCACUGCCAAAGGUGCUUCAACAAAUUAUUGAGUUAAUGUUUUGAAUACUUAUGUAAAUGUGAUAUUUCAGUUUAAAUACAUAUAUACAUUCGCAAAAAUGUGUGUCGAUUGAUGAAAAACAACAACAAUGUAAUCAAUUUUAGAAUAAGGCUGUAACCUAACAAAGUGGAAAAAGUCAUGGGGUCUGAAUACUUUCCGAAGGCACUGUACAUUUAAUUGUUAGGGAACUACUAACACAUGUCACUUAAAUUGGUACAGUACUCUCACUAACGGGUGCAACAAAUAUAGCCACGUAAGGCACGCCUUAAUAUACACUAUAUAUUUCAAAUUAGUGGAUUCGGCUAUUUCAGCCACACCCGUUGCUGACAGGUGUAUAAAAUCGAGCUCACAGCCAUGCAGUCUCCAUAGACAAACAUUGGUAGUAGAAUGGCCUUACUGAAGAGCUCAGUGACUUUCAACGUGGCACCGUCAUAGGAUGCCAACUUUCCAACAAGUCAGUUCAUCAAAUUUCGACCCUGCUAGAGCUGCCCCUGUCAACUGUAAGUGUUGUUAUUGUGAAGUGGAAACGUAUAACAGCAACAACAGCUCAGCCACGAAGUGGUAGGUCAUACAAGCUCACAGAACGGGACCGGCGAGUUCUGAAGCACGUAGCCUGUAAAAAUCAUCUGUCCUCGGUUGCAACAAAUAAUAAUAAUAAUAAUAUGCCAUUUAGCAGACGCUUUUAUCCAAAGCGACUUACAGUCAUGCGUGCAUACAUUUUUUUUGUGUAUGGGUGGUCCCGGGGAUCGAACCCACUACCUUGGCGUUACAAGCGCCGUGCUCUACCAGCUGAGCUACAGAGGACCACACUCACUACCGAGUUCCAAACUGCCUCUGGAAGCAACAUCAGCACAAUAACUGUUUGUCAGAGGCUUCAUGAAAUGGGUUUCCAUUGCCGAGCAGCCGGACACAAGCCUAAGAUCACCAUGCGCAAUGCCAAGCGUCGGCUGGAGUGGUGUUAAGCUCGCUGCCAUUGGCCUCUGGAGCAGUGGAAACGCUUUCUCUGGAGUGAUGAAUCACGCUUCACCAUCUGGCAGUCCGGUGGACGAAUCUGAGUUUGGCUGGUGCCAGGAGAACGUUACCUGCCUGAAUGCAUAGUGCCAACUAAAACAUUUGGUGGAAGAGGAAUAAUGGUCUAGGGCUGUUUUUCAUGGUUUGGGCUAGGCCCCUUAGUUCCAGUGAAGGGAAAUCUUAAUGCUGCAGCAUAAAAUGACAUUCUAGACAAUUCUGUGCUUCCAACUUUGUGGCAACAGUUUGGGGAAGGCCCUUUCCUGUUUCAGCAUGACAAUGCCCCCAUGCACAAAGCGAGGUCCAUACAGAAAUGGUUCGUCAAGAUCGGUGUGGAAGAACUUGAGUGGCCUGCACAGAGCCCUGACCUCAACCCCAUCAAACACCUUUGGGAUGAAUUGGAACGCUGAAUGAGAGCCAGGCCUAAUCGCCCAACAUCAGUGCCCGACCUCAUUAAUGCUCUUGUGGCUGAAUGGAAGCAAGUCCCAACAGCAAUGUUCCAACAUCUAGUGGAAAGCCUUCCCAGAAGAGUGGAGGCUGUUAUAACAGCAAAGGGGGGGACCAACUCCAUAUUAAUGCCCAUGAUUUUGGAAUGAGAUGUUCGACAAGCUGGUGUCCACGUACAUGUAGUGUAUGUUAAUUAGCCAGCGAGUCUUUCUCCUCCCACAAUAUUUCUCCACAAUGUACCAUAAUUUACAGUACGCUGCAGUAAAUAUAUUGCAAAACAGCAAUACAGUACUUUAUUGAUGUAUUGAAGAUAAAUUAUAUUUGGUGUUUUAUAUCACUUGCACUUUAGGCCUUAACAAAAGCUUCUAAACUGAUAGAGACUACAAGGAAAAACAGACCAAAAGGACAUGGCUAGCCACUCAACCAUUAAAGGUUGGAGAAUUGCUGCCUUUCUGAUCUAUCCCCUAUAUAAAUUGAAUUGUUAUGGAACCACUACCACAUAUCACUUAAAUUGCUACAGCACUCUCACUAACGGGUGCAACAAAUAUAGCCUCUUACAAGACACGCCUCAAAAUAUGUUAAUGAGUGAGAAACAACAAUACCAUGCACCCACUAGAGUCCAAAAGGUUUUUGUCGCUCCAAAAAUGCAGUAUGGUACUGUAUUCUGAAUUACAGUAAAUUACUGGCAGCAAUUGGCCAGCAUGUUACUGUAGAUUUUCAGUCUAAUAAAAAGCAUGAGCUGGCGCACACCCAGAGAACAUUAUUUAGUGUAGAGGUGCUGACCAACGGAGAAUAAACUGGAAGCUAUAAAGACAGUCACACACACUAUGUAUAAACUCCCAGUAAGUUAUUAGGUAAGAAACCACCAACGUUUCGGCAUCACUGUGCCUUCUUCAGAAACAUUGGUGGUUUCUUACCCAAUAAAUUACUGGGAGUUUAUACAUUGAGUGUGCGACAAUCUUUAUUUGUUUUUAUAACUGUAGAUUUUCAGGACAAGGUUUGCAGAAUUCCUAAAAUACAGUAUAUUACUAUAUUCUGUGGGGGUACUGCGUUCUCACUCACGGAUGCAACAAUUAUAGCCUCUUACAAGGCACGCCUUAAAAUAUGUUUCGGAGCCAAAGACUCUUUCCCCGCCCGCAAACAUUUUAAUUAAUACUGUAAAACACAUUUACGGUAUUUUACUGCACAUUCUACAGUGUUUUACUGCUGAAAUUACAGAAAGGUCUUACAGUGUGCUGUAAAACAAAUGUAUGGUAUUUUACUGUGCAUUCUACGGUAAUCUACUGCAUUAUGUUUAUACAUUAUCAUACUGUUGGUUAAUAUAGUAUGUUACUGAUAAAAUUACAAAAAACGGUUAACAGUGUACAUGUGCAUUCUCUCUGUUUAUGUAUGCCUGUAUGUGUUGUUGAAUUUCAGACCAGCUGACUGUCCUGGUGCCGGUGGCAGUGGCGGCUGCUCUAGGUGGCUUCCUGGUGAGCCGUUACUUCAGUGGGCGUGGCUGUGGCAGCAGUAAGAAAAGCCAGGUCAACCCCUGUGUUUGUAAGGACAGUGCCAAGGUGGUGCACAGCUUCGACAUGGAAGACAUUGGCAGCAAGGCCGUCUACUGCCGCUGCUGGAGGUCCAAGAAGGUGGGCACUUCUUCUUCUUUACUUACCUUGAGACUUGACUGUAGACUCCUAUGGUCCCUGUUGCCAUAGUUGGACGCCAUAGCAGUCUACGGUCAUGUCUCAGAGCAAAACAUUCACUAUCAUUAUCAACUAUAAUUUGCUACUUUUGACCGUUUUGCGAAGUGUAGUUUGUUAUGGGAUUUUUAUGGGUGGUAAGGUUAUACCUUGUGUUAUUUAUUUACUUAUUUGUGUAAAUUUCCCCUUUGGGUAUCACAGUUUAUUCCAUUUCCCCACAGUUCCCCUACUGUGAUGGUUCCCAUACCAAGCACAACGAGGUCACUGGGGACAACGUGGGUCCCCUCAUCAUCAAGAAGAAGGAUGCUUAACCAACCUCCCUUUCCCCUACUCACCCCUCCUAUCAAAUCAUCACUCAACACCAUUCAGUCACAUGACACAUACGCCACAGUCAAACAAUCACUUGACAUAUCCAUCCAGAGGUCCUACAGGUGAGCUGAAUCACUGCAGGAUCCAACCACGCUGAGCAGAACUCCUGCUCAAACCGCCUUCAUACAACCCACAGUCAAAACCCCAAGGGAAUGAUACAUUGAUUGUGAUUUUUGUCCUAGAAGCUCAGCUAAUUAAUGUUAUUGAGGCAUUGGUCUUAAUGGUCUUAACUAAGAGAUUAAUAAUACAUGACUGAGAGUGGGGAAGGUGCUACCCUGUAUUUCUAUAUUCUCUGACACAAGAGGGCACUUGCAUUUCCCCUCUAAGACUAUUGUGUUCAAAGUAAACCUUUAGGAAUAUCUAUUGUUAAUGUCCAAAUGAGAUACAUUUUCUACUGAAUAUGACUGACUUGAUGGUGAUGUAUAUUGUGAAUACAUGUGUCUUAAAGUGGUCAGACUUGA